GUGAGAAUGGAUUCACUAACUGUAGAAGAACUGUCUUGUCCUGUAUGUCAUGAAAUCUUCAAGGCUCCUGUUCUAUUAUCAUGUAGUCACAAUGUCUGUAAAGAGUGUCUGCAACAGUUGUGGAGAACCAAGGAAGCUCGGGAGUGUCCUGUCUGCAGGAGAACAUCCUCAAAGAAUCCUUCCUGUAAUCUUGUAUUAAAAAACUUGUGCAAGUCAUUCCUGAAGGAGAGAAAUGAGAGGCGUUCAGCAGGGUCUGAGGAGAUCUGCAGUUUACAUGGUAAGAAACUCAAGCUCGUCUGUCUGGAGGACAAACAGCCUGUGUGUUCAGUGUGCAGAGAUACACAGCAAUAUGCCAAUCAAACGUUCAGACCCAUCAGUGAAGUUGUUCCAUCAUAUAAGGAGGAGCUCAAUACAGCACUGAACUCCUUACAAGAGAAACUUAAACAUGGAGAAAACCGUAAAAGAGAGUUCGAGAAAACAUUGCAACAUAUCAAGUCUCAAGCUGAAUACACAGAGCAUCAGAUUAAAGAGCAGUUUAAGAAGCUUCAUCAGUUUCUCAGGGAUGAAGAAGCAUCUACAAUCAUUGCACUGAGGGAAGAAGAGGACCAGAAGAAGCAGAAAAUGAAGGAAAAGCUGGAUGACAUGAACAGACACAUCUCAGCUCUUUCACACAUGAUCAAAGACUUGGAGGAGACAAUGAAAUCCAAUGACGUCUGCUUUCUAAAGAAGUUUCCACUAACAAUGGAAAGAGUCCAGAUCUCACAGCCGGAUCCACAGAUGCCUUCUGGAGUUUUGAUUCAUGUGUCACGUUACUUGGGCAACCUGCCGUGCAGAGUCUGGAAGAAGAUGCUGAACUCUGUCCAAAAGACUCCUGUGAUUCUGGAUCCAAACACGGCUCAUCCACGUCUCAUCCUGUCUAAUGAUCUGACUCGUGUGAAAUACAUUUGGGACGAUCAACCGUUUCCUGAUAAUCAAGAGAGAUUUGACAUCUGUGAGUGUGUUCUUGGUUCAAAUGGUUUUAAUUCAGGAAUGCACUUCUGGGAAGUGGAGGUUAAAGAGAGCGAAUGCUGGAGUCUUGGAGUAACUACAGAAUCAAACCAAAGGAAGGGACGUGGUUUCUGUAACUCUAAUGCCUGGUGUGUGAAGUACGAUCCGUACAGACUGCUUGGGCCUGGUUUUCCUGUUGAAGAGCACCUUGUGUGUGUGAGAGUUGAUUUGGACUAUGACAGAGGAACGGUGUCAUUCUCUGAUCCUGUAACUAACACACAUCUACACACAUUCACAACCACCUUCACUGACGUCAUCUUUCCAUUUUUCUGUAAUCUUGAUGAAGUUAAGCGUCUGAGGAUUUUACCAUUUUAAACUGUAAAAACAUAAAAUCACUGAAGCAUCAUCCGAUCCUGCCAAUGAAUAAAUUCAAAUGUAU